AUGUCGGCCACACCUCAAAAUGGCUCUGCUGGAGCCCCGAUACAGCCGUCGAACAAGGGAAGCGCUGCAGCGCCCCAACUCAGCGCCGAGGCCAUGGAGAUGGGGAAUAUGCCCGGCGGCGAUUCACCGCCUCAAGAGGAUAUCAUGCAGCUGGCAAGACUAGGAAAUAUCCAGGCCAUGGAGAAGCUUUUUGAAAAAGGCGACUUUGACGCCACGUACUCUGACGAUGAGGGCAUCACGCCAUUACAUUGGGCCGCGAUUAACAACCAGUAUGCUAUGGUCAAGUUCCUGAUCGAAAAGGGUGCAGAUAUCAACAAGAAGGGAGGCGAAUCGGUCGCGACGCCGUUGCAAUGGGCAGCGCAGAGAUCCAACUACUACACCGUCAACCUACUGCUACAACAUGGAGCCGAUCCCUUGAUUACCGACGCUCAGGGAUACAAUACUCUGCAUAUAUCGACCUUCAAUGGAAACAUGAUGCUGCUCACGCUCCUGCUCCACCAAGGCAUUCCGGUAGAUGUGGCCGAUAGCUAUGGCCACAGCGCUCUCAUGUGGGCAGCUUACAAGGGAUACCCGCUCUGUGUCGACCUGUUUCUGCGAUGGGGCGCAAGUGUGCACGAGACGGAUGAGCAAGGAUUCACUGCUCUGCAUUGGGCUCUGGUUAAGGGCUCUGCGCCCUGUGUCAUGAAGCUUAUUGAGUAUGGCUCGGACAGAUUUGCCAAGACUACAACAGGCAAGACACCUGCCAUCACUGCUCAGGACCUCAACACGACUGGCGCCUGGCACCGAGCCCUCAAGGAAUGCGGCUACGAUGAGGAUGGUCAUCCAGUGACACCGUGGUGGCCCGGAGCUUCCAUUUUCCUGCAGGACAAGCGCACCUUUAUGAACAGGUUCUUGUUCCUCUUGCCAUUCUCGCUCUUGUGGAUCGAACUGCUCCUUCUGGCCUAUCUGCCAAUCUUCCUAUCUCUACCUUUCGCGCUUCUGGUUGGUUUCUCAUAUCAGUGGAUGACGACGCAAGUCGUUGAAUACGGACCACCUGACAUGAGACAUUUGCACAAGACUCCAUGGCUCGCGGGUAUAUUUGCUGGUUCUCUGUUUCUUGUUGGAGUAGGGUGGUUCCUGACCGUCUUGCCCGGUACAUUCUCUGACCACCCGCUGCUGAACUUUGCCUUUGCUGCUGCGUAUGGACUCUGUGGCUACUUUUACGCGACAAGCAUGGUAUUCGACCCUGGUUUUGUCCCCAAAAUGAAUGGCAUUGCGGAACAAAAGGCCGUCAUUGACGAGCUUUUGAGCUUGUGGAAGUUUGACGAGUCCAACUUUUGUGUAUCUUGCAUGAUUCGAACGCCUCUCCGAAGCAAGCACUGCAAACGAUGCCAGAGAUGUGUCGCAAAGCAUGACCACCACUGCCCCUGGAUCAACAACUGCGUCGGAGUCAACAACCACCGCCAUUUUUUCUACUACCUGAUUUUCCUGACGCUGGGUAUCCUUUCGUUCGACUGGCUGCUCUACCACUACUUUUCAGCCAUGCCAGCUAGCUCGACCACUGAAUGUACAAUUCUGGCCCCAAAGCUUUGCCAGGUCUUCAACACAGAUCCUUAUAUCAUUCUUCUUGGUAUCUGGGCUUCACUGCAAUUGACAUGGGUUUCCAUGUUGCUAUUCGUGCAGUUUGUCCAGGUUGCUCGUGCCAUGACUACAUACGAAAACAUGUAUGGUAUUAAUGAUGGAACAAAUGCGGGUCUAUUGCACAACUUUACGAGCACUGGCGCUCCUCUCGAUCCCACGCACCCCAGCGCCAUCGGUCCACCACCUAGCGCAGCUGAUGACCCGUUGGGCAACCGACCCAGCCAUGGACACAAGCAUGGGCGUGGCUUCUUGCAACAGUGGAGUCGCAUCCUGGGCGUCGAUACAUUCAUCGAAACAGCAACUGGAAGAGGCGCUGCUACAGGCAAGAAGCAGAGAAAGAAGAAGAACCCCUACUCUCGUGGCUAUGUGCAAAAUUGCAAAGAUUUCUGGUGCGACUCGGCUCCUGUUUUUGGAAGACGGGAACCGGGCGAUGCAAUGCUGGGCGGCCAAAAGGUCAACUGGACAGAGACAUACGAAAGCCCAGUGGCCAUGGAGAUGGGCGGCAGAAGAGGACGCGGCGGUUACGAGACUGUGGCAGGCGAAGAGGUGUAG